AUGCCGGUUGAUCGCACAAGCGCUCGGAAUAUCUGUAAAUCCGCCACAGGAUUGGGAGCAAUGCCAAAGAGAGUGACUCAGCAACCCGGCUCAGAAACGGCAACGAGCAACCCUCAAAUAUCAUCUUUCUCAAAAAAGCUCUCAACGCCUCUCGCACAAGGUCAGUGCCAGCGCGGUUCGGCCGUCCUCCUUGCUAGUGGUGGCAAGAUUCGUGUACCGCCGAAGUACCUGUUACAGUCGUAUCCGUCGCACGGCCAUGUGGCUCAUACAACGAACCAGCGUGUAUAUCCACCUCUCAACUCUUACUCUGAUUCGCUAGUUGCAACAUUCUUAAGCGGAGCUAGCAGUCCGCUCAUGGGAGGGGGGUGUAUCUCUGAAAUUUCCGCAAAAGGAGCCUGGCGCCUGCGCCGCGUGCUCGGGAUCGCCCCGCCGGCGGCGAAAUAUGCCGAUAUAGCUAAGUUCGAACGAGCGACACCACUGCCCGAAGGAGCUGCGUCACGUGACCCUUUGCUACAAAACCGAGCAAAAGAUCUGUUUUGGCUUUGGCAUCGUUGCCGUGAGACCUGCUCCUCGACUCUUAACCAGGAAUCAGCCUUGCAUUAUCACUGCGGCUUCACCGAUAUAUCAGUCCACAAUGCGGGCGGACACCAAUCAUCGCACGACACCUCACUCUUCAUCUCAGCCUUGCUGUGGAUCUGUUGCAGCCUGUUUCCCGAUCAGCCUUUCGGUCGAGCACUGCUCUCGAAGAACGUUCUCGGUCCUUAUCUAAUCGUGAUGGUUCCCUGGCAGCUUUCUGUCGAACUGACCAGGCUGUUCGAGCCACUGGUUACGGGAGCAGCUACAAACGCCCUCUCCGAUGUGGUUUCUUGGGCUAAGAGCGUCCGAAAGGCGGGUUCAGACGUGACCGUUGAAAUGGACCUAGCUACAGUAUUCGGACGAGGCAGAAUCGAACCGGCUCUCGAGGAAAGUUUCCAGGAAGCCGUGGUAAAGCCUUUUACGAUAACGAGAAUCCAUCGUGGCAACGAACACGACAACCUUGAGCUUUCUACAGGCGCGGGCCACACGCUCACAUGGAAGCAGAAUCCGAUGUAUCGCGAACUGUUCUCGUCAGUCAUCCAGCUCUCGUUUCUAGGAUGGAUCCAUGAGAGGAGCUCUCUAGCGACAACGCUUAGCGACUGCUUCACAGAAAGAUUCGAUGCAAAGUUGUCCAAAAUGGAAAGCCCCGGGGUCGACGGCAUAUACCGUACCCUAGAAGCGUGCAGUUCGGAGACUUCCGAUUUUAGAUGGUCCGGAUAUGUCACACAGGCUAGUUCCAGGCUCGGAAGAGUUCUUGGGGGUAUCCGAAAGCCUCACAGCGACUUGCUUGGGUUGCCGGCCAAUAUCCUCUUCCACUGCCUCGAUUUUCUCUACGUUGUCCAAAGGAUGCCCGAAGAGCGGUACAUGGAGGUUGACGGACCAGAGGGCAUCUUGGCUCUGAUAAUCUGGACCCACUACAUCCUUGGAUUAAGUAUCCUUAUCAAGAAUAUAAAAUCUCAAGACGAAGUGAUUUUCGAAAACAAAGAGAACCCCAAUCCGGUCGUUACUGUCAGGCUCAACGACGCAGAGUAUCUUGGCGAGGAGUCCACGGUAUGCCUUUAUUCAAAAGAACGUGAACUGAUACUAUCGCCGGACCCUGAACUUCUCAGCAACAGAAAAGUCGAAGUCCUGGAACGUCUCCAACUUAGGGGAUACGGAACCAUCACACUAUGUAGACUCCUAAAUGAGCCGGUCGACACCUUCAUUCACGGGCCUGAUAAUGCGUUCUUAGUUGAAGCGACCGAGUUCGUAGUCGCCCUGGCCGGUCAAAUCUCCCAUCGACUUGUGCGAGUACGGGAUCCAUAUGAGCACCGGGUAACUCGACCUCAAUCUACCAUCCCUAUCAAUUCCCAGAUCUUUGACGCGGCUAGCAUUUUAUUCGGGAGCCCUUACUCCAUAGAUCGCAAGGAUAGGGUCCGCUUUCUCAAGGAGAGCGUAGAGAAAUUCUGUGAAAUGAUGCAGCAGGAUACGUACUGGUUGAACUUUGCCCUCCCACUGGCACUAGAGAAACGAUUGAAAACCCUACACUUAUCUAGCGCCAAAGAUUCUGCUACUAUGGACAGUUUGGUUACGCUAGCCACUACUCUUGUGUGUCUGGCUCGAGUACCGAACCUGGAUACCUGUAUUGAGUUAAAGUUGGCAUAUGGAGGUCCAAGACACAAAAUUCGCAAUUUUACCGAUAAAAUCUCCCGAGAUUGCGACACCAUUGAUCUGGAGCAUCUUGACAUCUACGGUCACCUCAGCGGUCUACUUUUAGGCUCGAAAAGCCUCGACCUUCGCGCGCGGGAUCGUGGUGUAUUCAUGAUAAGCGACUUUGGGUGGACGGUCAGUCUUCCUGUUUAUGGUGAAUCAGAUCCGGCUAUGGUGGAUCCGGAGAGCGUAUUCAUAUUCAAGGGGGUACCAACGAGGUCCAAAACUCUGGAGCGUAAGCCCCGGGUUCUAGAUGGUGCCGUCAUGGACCUAAGACCACUCCCGACCCCGAGGUUUAACUCUGUUUCGGAUCGUGGAACGAAAUCCUACCAACCAAGGUGCAUCUCUCCAGUACAAAGCUGGAAAGAGUAUGUUGGAUCCCGUUUAGACGGUUUCCACGUAUUGGUGAAAGCCACAGGCAUUCAUUCGGAGCACUUAGACCAACAUGGAAACCCCCUGCCGUUCCAGCGCGUUCUCGGGUACCGCUUCUUACAUGAAACCUUAUGGGACGCUUAUCUAGCCUCACAGUGUGAACGCGAAUGCAAUAAUAGAAUUGAUGAGGGGCAAAGCGCGAAAAAACGAAAAGACGAAGCGGUUCUCGGCAUGGGUGUGGCCACUUCAGCGGGCAAUUGGACGUGGGGUGAUGAUACAUUUGAGGAUCACAAAGCGAUGUUUCCUGAACGUCUGGUAGUAAUACUUGUCAAAAACGACCAAAGAUCACGAUGGUUAGCCGAAGCUGAUGAUUCGUGGAAGCCUUUGCUGCGAGGAUUGCGCCGUCCAAGCAGCAGCGGACCGGUCGGGAAGAUGGAUUAUUGUUAUCUGAAAUUCUUGCUAUAUUCAAUUAAGAAGCCACAAUUAGCGAUGAUCAUAGGCUACAUUCUGCCCCCUAUCCAUGAAAAUUUAACAUGUUUACGUUACAGUAUCCAUUGUAAUCGAAGAUUUACCCAUGACGUUCGACAACUAAGGCUGGGAGUACCAUUCAUCUCGAUGAUUAGGGCGGAAGUUGAACAAUUCUGGCUUAUGCCACUAACCGCUCACGAAUUGACGGACAGCCCAAGCCGACGCAGCUCAGCGCGUCCGUUAAAUCAGCGAACUCUACAGCCAUAUAAUUUUUUCGACGACAUCGUUGGCAAGCUCUUCAUAUGGUACUUGGCGAAUAUGUCUUCGUCGACGGCUGCUGACGACAACGUGCUUUUACAACACAACGUAAUUCGAGCAUACAGUACAUUUAGCUACCCUAUUGCCGACAUGUCGCUGUAUGAUCCAGAAGCUUAUUUCAGGGAGGACGGCCGACCCGCACCGGCCUUGACCUUGCGGGGUGGCGAAUUCUAUAUGUGUUCUCAGAGAAUUGAGUUGACUGACAUGUGUUGGCUGACUAAACGAGCGCCAGCCCUCACUGCGCUGCUCCCAAUCCUAACCAUAGAUCUUAUAGUAAAUUACCCGCGGAGUCAUCUCGCAUUAGCCAGAAUUAGUGGUUCGCUUCCGCUGGAAGUACCAAUUGACAUGGCAGCUCAGCAUGAAUUUGCCCGCGACAGCGCACUCCAGGCUAAUAAUAACUUCUAA